CGUAGGGGAGUGACGGCACGCGUACAAGGAAAAUUCCUUUAUUUGUAAGGAAAAGAAAAGGCGCUUUAAUUUCUCUCCCGUCGCUCGCAUAUCACAGUUCCGCUUUCACUUUCCCGGUCGAUUCCACUCGCUUCGGUUGCUUUUGCAGGAGAAUUUUGGUGGCUUCUGUGGCCUUCUCCUCUGGAAAAACUCGAUCGUCGUGCCUCAGCGGUAAGGCCACUGUUUGCAUUUGAAAGAUUCCUCUUUGAUUUUGCGUGAUCGAGCUCGUCCCUUCCAUCUGAUGCUUCUGUUCUUGGAUCUAUCGUAUCCGGUUUUGUUUCGUUCAGUCAUUCGAGCGGGGUGAUGAAAAACAGGAUUUUGAUUGGUUUUAGUUAGCCGCGCUGGUGUUGGAGAAUCUCGAUCUUCAGAGGGUCGUCGACUUUCAGAUUUGGGGGAUGGAUGCGGUCGUUGCCGUUGCUCGUAAGCGACAUCAGUGCAUGUGGAGGCGCAAGUCAGGGAUCACGGAUCAUCUUGGCUCUUUCUCGCCUUCGUCUAACUCCAUGACCAGGAAGAAUAUGUCUGUCACAGUUGGUGGCCGCUCGGAAGCCAAAACUGCUUCCACUACGCCGCAAACGCCAAAGAGAGGCGGGAAGAGCAGAGCGAUUUGGAUAAAACGCAAAGCUGCUCCUUUCUCCGAGCUUUGGGCUGGACCUGCCUACGCAAUCUCGCCUCCGCCGAGCUCUUUGCCGAUUCCUAACUUCUCCCUCGGAGAGAGGCGCAGUUCCAGCUUUACUCUUCAACCUCUGUUGAAAUCAGCUCCUAGAGAGUCGACGUCCUCUGUCAGCGGCUUCCCUUCUUGUCACAACGACGCUGCUACGGAGAACUUGAGAAGGAUUCUCAACUUGGAUAUUGUCGAUGACCAAAAGGAAUUAUGCAGAGCUGAAGAAGUUUUGACUUGUUGCGGUGGUGCUUAAUGGCUCUAAGGGUGGACUGGACCGUCUUUGUAUGCAUCGAUUUUCAUAUGGGCGAAUAAAUCUAUUGGAGUAUGCAAUGUCGAGAUUAGUGUGAGUUAUCUAAAUUUUGACCUUUAUAUAAUUUUGAUGAGUAUGUAAAUAUCUUAAUAGGCUGAUAAAGGCAGGCCCAAAAAGCGGGUCAAAAUUAGGGAGGUAAAUAAAUUAAA